AUGUAUCCGAAUUAUUCUGAAAAUAUUAAUUCUAACGAUAAUAUUGAUAAUAAUGAUUCUAACAACAACAAUCAAACCGCCGACAACCACUACAAUAAUUUGAUUCAUCCAGGGGACAAUAAUUCUAGUCAUCAAAACCCUGUCAGAAAUAAUAAUAGUUAUUUUGGCGGCGAUAACUUUGUUUAUCAACAUAAUAUUGCCAACCAAAACUCGGAGAUUAUUAAUAAUGUUCUCGUUAACCAGAACAAUGCUAUUAGCCCAAGUGGCAUAAUCAACUAUAAUAAUGAUUAUAUCAUUGACCAGUAUCCAACCAUUAUUGCUACAACAA